UUUACGUAACUUUGUUUGUCUGGUGUGGAUAUUUAUUUAUUUUAAAAUGCUGCUCAGGAACUGUAUAAUGGCCUUACGCGUUACCAGCUCAAAGGUUACGCUGCACCCUGCCGUAAAACCACAAAGAUUGACCCUGAUCCCCGCAAGGAAUCUUCAACAACGUUUCUAUAGCAGCCAGUCUCCUGUUAUUGGAAUAGUGGACUACGACGUGGUCAAGAAGCUACCCAGUGAACCCCAAAAGCUGCUCAUCGACGUCCGUGAGCCAGACGAACUUAAAGAGACUGGACAAAUCCCCUCCAGCAUUAAUAUACCUCUGGAUGUGGUCAGCCAAGAACUGUCCACCAGUGACAGCGCCUUCAAAUCGAAAUACGGCAGGGAAAAGCCCAAGCCGGAUACGGAGAUUAUAUUCCACUGCAAGAUAGGCAAGAGGAGUCUCAAAGCCGCGGAAGCUGCCACCGCUUUGGGAUUCAAAAAAGUUAGCAACUAUGAGGGAUCCUGGCUGGACUGGGCCAAGCGCGAGGGAUUGCCAAAGUAAAUUGGGAAAA